CGGCCAGUCGGCGUGUGUGUGUAGCGGCAGUGAGCCAGACUCCGGUAGUUUCACGUGGGACUUUGCGGGUGGCGGGCGGCCAUGUGUCAUGUUCCUCCAUUGAUUAGAAGUUGUUGUUAGCCACUUUUAUAACCUGUUCACAAUAGCUAUCAAUGGGGAAAAAGUGUAAGAAGAAGGUGCAAUGGAGGCAGCUAUCCCUAAACGAACUUCAGCCAGGCAGCAGCGAGCAAGAAGGCGACGAGUGUGAGGAGGACGAUGGCGAGGGCGGGGAGCGCACGCCCCCGCACGACGCCGCCAGCCCCCACGCUCGCUACCCAUACCCCAGGCCCCCGCCUCCCCCAUACCCACCCCAUUUCCAGCGCCGGGGGGCACCCCAUCAGGGCUACUACUACAGAAACUUCGACAAGAGGUUCGAUAAGAACUUCGACAGGCGUGGCGGCUUCGACAGGUUCGCCAAUGAGAAUCUGAGGAACUUCGAAAACAGAGGCCCUUACAGCAAGCCUCCGUUCUUCGAAAGGCCGUACUACUACGACAACAAGUUCUACGGCCGCCCGCCCUAUUGCCCCGACCGUAACUUCAAGUUCGGCUUCGUCGAACGAGGUCGACGUCCCUUCAGGCCAUAUGGGCGGCACGGAUUCUUCCACAGGGGAUUCCCUGGACACUUCCCCGGCGGGGUUCACCCAAAGGACUUCAAUGGGUUCGGGGGCCCGGAAGAGGAAGAAGAGGAGGAUUGGGAGGAGCUUCCAACGGACGAGCUCGGGGUUGAGGCCGGAGACAGACCUUCCCAACCUGUUCACACCGUCAUGAUUAACAACGAGGAGUACACGAAGAUACAGACGCCGCGACAGGAGGUGAUCUUCAAGAAGAGUUCGCUGGACCGCAAGCAGGACUCCCUCGACCAGGCCUCUCUCACUGGCUCCAUGACCUCCGGCAGCGGCUCCUGCAGUACAGGCGACGGAGGCCCGGGCAGCCCCGGUGGCAGUGGCGACCAGCUGGCCGGGGACCAGGUGUCUCUCUCAGGGUCCAUGGAGGACAAUUCCUUGUCCGUGGGGGGCGACGACCCCUCUGAUGGCCCCCACCACGACGCCGUCUUCGAAGACCCCAAUGACAUGUUCGUGAGCGAGGGCGGCGGGCCGCCCCUGGCCGGCGUGGUGAUGCAGCAGGCCUACCCUGGGGGCCCCAUGUUCACCAUCCCCGUGCACUGGACGCCCUUCAUCGACCCUGCCCUCAUUCCGGGGGAGACAGCCCUCACUCCGCUCGACCCCGCCUUCACCCACGUCAUCGACCCCAAGUCUCUGCCAAUCGACCCACUACACAUUCUGCCCGUCCAGCACGACGCCACAGGCUGCCCCGUCCAGGUCCAGGUGAAGGUGGAUUCGAACGGCGUGCCCAUCCAGAUCGAGCCGAGCGCCUUCACCGUGUCGCUGAGUUCCCUUCAGCAUGGCCAGCCGGAGCCCAGGAGCCACACCGACCCCGAGCCUCACCCGGGACACACGCACGGCCACCUUAAAACGAAACGGCAAAAGAGUAAGAAAGAAAAGUCAGUGAAUGGGGACCCCCAGGAAAGGUGCAAAAAGGGGAGAGUUGGACAACAGAGUGAAGGGGAAACGAUAGAGAACAGUGGAGAGGUCGAGGAUCAACAGGACAAAGGUGUGAUGCAAGUGGAGGAAGGUAAGGAAGACGGGGAGGUUGAUCAGGCAUGUUACCCAGCCUCGUCAGUGUGCGAAGAGGUUGCGGCAGACGGACCCAGAGUGCGCGGGAAAGGCGCGCCAGGACAGCUAGCGGGACCCCCCGACCAGCCACAUACUGAAGCGCGGGAGACGGUCUUGGGAAGCCCGCGCGGGGACAGGGUUGGAGAGCUGACGGGUGUGUUGCGGACACACCACCAGGAGAUGAAGCCCGUGGACGAGGACGAGGAGGAGGAAGAAGAGGACGAAGAGGAGGAGGAGGAAGACAUGCUAACUAAGGAGUCUGAAGAAGGAUCCGAUUCCAGUGACUCACAGUACGCCAGCAUGAGUGAGUCCUCAACCACGCCCACGACUCCCGAAGGAGAACCCUCAGAUGCCCACGAGACACCAGCGCCCACCCUCAUCACGCCCACCAUUUUGCCCAGUGUGCUAGCAACGCCCACGAUCUCGCCUACCACGCCCACGCUAUUGCCCAGCGCGUCAGCCGCGCCUCUGGUCUCGCCCGCUAUAACUGACACGCCCUCCAUCGCCAUUAGUGUGUCAGCCACGCCCACCACCCCGCUCACAACCCCGCCCACCAUGUCAGCCACGCCCACCACCGAGACAUCAACUGAGACGGACAGUGUCACCUCUCCCAGGCCGCCAUUGCCGACGUCAACAGACAGUCCUAAAUGUAGUGAGUCCACUGACUCCUCGUUAAUAGACAGCCAGGAGGCAGUGGAGGAGGUGGUGAACAGCCAAGUGACAGACAGCCAGGCGGUGGACAAGCAAGCGAUUGCCAACCAGGUGAUAGACAGCCACAUGACAGCAAGUGAGGUGACUGUCGACUCAGCAGUGGGAGAAAGAAGGGAGAAGGAAAGCCAGUCAACAGAGAGUCAGACAACAGAGACUGGGGCAACAGAGACCGAGGCAACAGAGACCGAGGCCAGAGAGACCGAGGCCAGAGAGACUGAGGCCACAGAGACUGAGGGAACAAGCAGCAGCAACAAUAGCAGCAGCACGCAGGCCAACAUCCUUCAAGGCUACGUAAUGGUUCCCAUCCUCACCCCGUACUACGACCCCUCAGUGUUAUAUGGGUACCCAGUGGUGGUAGCGAGUCAACAGCAGCAGCAGCAGCAGCAGCUCCACCACCAACCACCACCUCCCCACCAACACUGUUAUGGCAAGAGAAAAAAGAAAAAAUACCAGCGUCGACGUCAUGCAGAUGCCUCAACUGGAGAGAGUUACUUGGAUCCGCAGUUAUAUACUGGUGAGCCAUUUGUAGCAACACCAGGUGGCUAUGUGGUACCUAUAGAGGCAGCUGCAUCUGUUUGCCAGGUUCAUGGCCUUCAGUAUGUAACCCCAGCCUUCCACCAGCACCUUCCUGAUGAAGGUUUUGUAUCUGUCCAACACUCUCCCUACCUCCCUGAAGUGGCCCCAGAACCACCACCUGUAGAGGUACAGCAGUCUGAAGAUGCCAGCCAAGAAGAUGCAUCCAAGACAGUCUUCAGUGAUUUACAGGAUAAGGAGCGACGACAAAUAGAAGAAAUAUUGCAUGAACGCGCAAAAGCAGACAAGUCAGAUUCCACUGAAUCUUCAGAUUCGGGGGUAUCCGAGUCAGAAGAGGUAGCUGCAACUGAGCUUUCUUGUGAUGAACUGGAGACUUGUAAGAAGCAGACCUCUCAGGCAACAAAUCCAAAUGUGGGUGAUAGUACAGAAGAGCACACUGGUGUAAAUGCCAGUACACUACCAUAUAGUGCAGAAGAGCACAUUGAUGUAAAUGCCAGUACACUACCAUAUAGUACAGAAGAGCACACUGAUGCAAAUGCCAUUACACUGCCAUGUCAAGUAGGAAUAUCAACAAAUGGGUUAGAAAGACUAACACCAGAAACUGCAUCUCAUGGAGGUAUUUUUGAGUGCACUGUUCAAGAAGCUGGUACUGGUGAAUUUCAUAAUGCUCAACUUCAUGUUACUGAUGGAAAUUCAUUAAUAAAUGUAGACUCCAGUGAAUAUGGCAAAGAAUCACUUGUAAAAACCGAUACACAAGACUUUCUAUGCACAGAAGUUCAACAAGAAGUUUUGUUUGAUGGUUCCUGCUCAUCUCAAAGUCAAGUAAAUAGUGAUAAAGCUGAUAGCUUGCAAAGAAGCUGUCAAGAAGUAAUAUCUUUAUCAACUGGUACAGACACUGAUACUUGCAAUCGUGUAUCAGAUGCAGGACAACUCGGUGCCGAACUUCAAACAAAAGGGGAAUUUGAAGCUGUAGCCGAGUUACCGAAUGAAAACCAAGUACAACAUGACAAAGUUCCUGAGAAUGAAACCAAUUAUUUACAGCCUUGUGCAACUAAUGUUGGCAAAGAAUUUGCAAGUAUUGAUGAAUCUACUGUAGACACAUUUGUUGAUAUUACUGACAUACCAGAAGUUAAAGAAUUUGAAAGAAACAUUUCAGAAAGUGUUUUAGAAAUAAAGUCAGAUGACUCAUUUACUACAUUGGUGAAUGAAAGUAACAAUCUCCCAACCACAACCACAAUACACGAAAAAUCUGAAAGUUACGCAAAUGUUUUAAGUGAACAAUUACCAGAAUGUGUCCCUCCUCAUGAACACUCCAAGAAAGAAGUACCAUCAAGUAAUGAAGACAUUAAUAUUGAUGCUCAGUGUUAUCAGAAAGAAAUACAGGCUCAAAAUGUCUCUUUAAUUUUUGACGGUCAGACAGAUGCCACUGUUUGCCAAAAUAUAAAAUGUACUUUAAAUAAUGGAGGUACUGCUGAAAAUAGUAUAAAUCAUAAAAGUUUUAAAGAUCUGAAAGUCACAGAAGCUGUCAAGAGGUGGAUCAGAGACGUAACUCCAGAAAAAGCAUUUACUUUGUCUAAGGAAAUUCAGACUCUCCUGCUAGCAGAACAAGACAUUUUGGGGGAAAUGGAUACAGAAGAUGAGUAUAUUGAAGAUGGGAUCUCAGCUGAUAAUAAAUCCAUCAUUGUUAUGGAGUCAAAAAACGUGAAAGGCAACCCUUUCGUUGCAGCAUCCAGUGAAGCCCCUGUUUUGGGAAUGGAUAGCUGCAGCAAAAGGGUUGCUGUACUGAAUAGGAUACAGGGUACCACUCCCGAUUCUUUGGAAGAAUAUGAUGGUGCUAGUACCAUCAGCAAUCUCAGCUAUGAUCACUUGUAUUCAGAGGCAUCAUCUAGCCAUCCUGCCUCAAUCAGCCAUAGCUUUGAUGAUGAUGAAGGGGAUAGGCUUAUAGAAAAUCCAGAUAUGUAUAAUCCCUCUGCAUACACAAAGUAUUAUCAACUGGGUGUAGAACUGGAUGACACACUUAUUCCAGUAUCACCUGUUAAUGAUCAAAGGUCAAGUGGGUCCACUCUCAUUGCUCAAGACAAGUCGGAUAACAUUAGCGAGUGUGGAUCCGAGGAUGUGGAAACUAUACCACAUAAAUAUGAUGUAGUGGCUCUUCCCUCAGAUACCUCUCCCAUGUCCCUGGCUACUGAGAUACUCAAAGCAAAAAAAUUACUGAACAAUAUGGCUCACAUAGCAGGUGUUCAGCAAGAUAUGGCAAUGGCAGAGCAGCACUUUGGUAACCCAGAUAUUUACCUGAAGCAUUAUAAUGCUGCAGCACGUGGUGAAGUGGGUGACAGUGGCGUGCAAUCAGAAGAGAGCAGUGAUGAAACAGAGGCUUGUAGUAAUAUCAGCAGCAGCGGUGUUGGGUCAUCACUGACCUCCACACCAGCAAUUUCUCCAGCUCACCAACUUUCUGGCAGACCUCCUCUUCAGUCAUACCCACUACAAAAUGUAUCUGUUAGAGAAGGGCCAGUUCCAUGCAAGACAGUAUGCUGUGCUGUUAUGUGAGCAAUUUAACUACAUAGUGUAGGUUCUGCUCCAUCUUGUUAACCCUGUGGCGUGGAAGGCAGGCAAAGGGGGCAUCUCCCCCUGCCCCCGCCCGCUCGUGCCUUACAGGGAGAGACUUCUGGGCGGGGAACUGCCCAGACACCAAGGGUACAACGCUUAAACUGCUGUGAACUGUGGUCCUUUGGGAUUACAUGCUCACCUAUUUAAUUUGUAAGUGCACAUGGCUGACUAAAACAGUCUGUGCAAAUGUGUGUACGUUGGAUGCAAUACGAGUAGCAAGUCAGUGCAAGGUUGCUGUAGGAUAGUGUCCGUAAGUCACACAAGAACUGUGCUUUUGGUGCUGUGGCCAUUUGAGCCAAAAAGCCGUAUGGCCUAACUUGGAUUGCACUGCACUUUGAUUCUGCAGGCUUGUAAGGGUCGUUAUCCACAGUCUUAGAACUUUGUGCACCUUCAACAGGUGUAGAAAUUGUUGUUGUCAGACAGUGGAUGGUUUCCCUCUCAGGUUUGUGGGUAUGAGCUCGACAAAGUCACAUCACCCAGAAUCGCUUCAUUCUCAUGCAAUGUCAUUGUGAUAGGCAUAGUGAACCCUAUAGAUAGCCGUUAUUUAUUUUUAGACAUGUGAUGUUUUAGUCGUUAUUGUAGAGAUGUUAUACCCCUGUGCAUUUACAUGUCAUUUGGGUAGUGUUGAUGGUAGGUAGCAUUUUUGGCUGCUGAGAUGAGUGUAGGUGUAGGUAGGCCCGGUGCCUCAAGAAGGUGCUUAGGAUUGGACAACACAGAACUAUAUUUAUCAUUUAAUAAGAAUGUUGAAUCUUAAAUUUAAAAUACAUAUUGCAUCAUUCUUCCUCUACAGACAUAUGUACUGUACCUUAUUUAUGAUAACAGCAAAAAUAUUAGGAAUAUUAUUAUCAUAAUAUCAAAAUUCAUAAAACUGUGUUUCUAAAGCCUAAUCAUCAAGCAUCCUACCAUUUUGUUGACACAGCUGUAUGUUGAGACAGCAACUCUCCACAUCACUCUAGAUGCCUCCUUCGUUGCAAUUGUUGGAUGUCGACAGAGACCCAUUGCUGUUUAAGUUAAUUUGCUUAGCACACAGCAAUAGUUUGACUAUGCAUGUCACUUCAUCUACUGCGGUUAUGAUUUAAAGAGUAAUGCUUUAACAGAUAAUCUCCCAUAAGGUAGAGAAGAAUGUGCUUAAUUGUUAAACAAUGAAUUGCGAGAAAUGGGUGUUCUUGUACGACAGUGAGUUUGAGUUGUUGUUUGUUAUAGCUUAUAUACAAUGGAACUAAAGUUGACCUAUUUUUGCUGAUGCCUGUUUCCAGGUUUUUACCUCUUGUUGUAACGUAAAUGAAUUGCUGACCAAAUGCACUCUCUUUUUGCAUAACUUCAGCCGUUGUAAGCAAUGGACAUUGAUCCUGAUGCCUCUGUGACUUAAAAAGACUGUGGCAGCUUGACUGAAGUACCUUGGCUGUGUUAAACAUGUUAUUUCAUAAUUACAGAUCAUUAUUUCCUUUAUUUUCACAGAAAUAAACCAGAGAUCAACAGUGUCGUUUGUCAAUAUCCACUAAUGCCAUACAACUUAAUAUUCCAUAGAUAUGACUGGUUGCAUCCUCUAUGGUUAUUUGCCAAGGCUGUUGGAUUGUUGUUUUCUUUUUGUAAAUAUAGAAUCAAUAAAAUUUGUUGUAUUUAAA